AUGAACGGCGGUAGGGUUUUGGCGAGUGGCGAAAAUAGGGUUUUGACGUCGGACGAUCAAGAUGCGACCAUGAUGGAUCUGGGAGAGGGGGCGAGACCAUUGGGAGAACCACCAGACGUGAGGGCUUCGUAUGCAUCUAAGGUAGCGAGUACGAAUGGAGGAGGUAUGCCAAUACCGGAAAACUUACUUGACGAUACUUUUGUGUCGGAGAGGCUUCGUGUGGAGUUUCCGAAUGGAGAAGAUGGAGAACCAUCCAUUACGAUUGAGGCUGAGGUGUUGGAGGCGAUGAAUGGGGUGUGGAAGCAGUGUAUGAUUGUUAGGGUGUUGGGAAGAAACGUUGCGAUUGCUGCCUUGAGUAAGAAGUUACGAGAGCUAUGGAACCCGAAAGGUGAAAUGUACGUAAUGGAUCUACCCCAUCAGUUUUUCAUGGUGCGUUUCGAAAGGGAGAAUGAAUACUUGGCGGCACUGUCAGGGGGUCCAUGGAGGGCCUUUAGCAGUUACCUCAUGGUGAGAGCUUGGUCGCCGGAUUUUGAUCCUUUAAGAGAUGACAUCAUUACGACACCGGUCUGGUUCAGACUAUCGAAUAUUCCAUUAAACUUUUAUCACAGAUCGAUUCUCAUGGGGAUUGCUAAGGGUUUGGGUUCGCCAGUUCGGGUAUAUCCACUACAAGAAAAAUGA